AUGAUAGCCAGGAUGCCCGAAAGGCUAGUGGGCGCUAGAAAGGAUAACAGCCCCUGCAUCUGUGGAGCCGUAAAGUAUGUGUUUAGCUUUCGGCGGAUGGAGUGGGUGGCGACAAGUACCAACGUGAGGGUUUUGACGCCACUGAAGGCAGCCGCCAAGGGUGGCAUGCGUGUCUGCUAUGAUGUGGAGGAGGUGGAGGAGGACGGUAGCAGGACCCCAUGCGUUGCGAAGCUUUUUCUAAGAAAUAUAUCCGACGUGGUUGAAAAGGACUACUUCAGUGAAGGGGAAGCGCAGUGCAUGUGUGAGCAGUUUGCAAAUAAUUUUAAUAAAGCCACAUUUACAGGCAUCGAGAGGCCACAUGUUUCCUUCUUGCAGUGCCAAGUGCUGCGAAUCCCGAAGCAAAACAUUCCGGCGGAGCAUCGAGAUGCGCAGCAUGGUUUUUUCUCCUACAAGACAACCGACACGAGGGAGGUCAUGUUCGUCAUGGAGCCCAGGCUGCAUGGCCAUUUUACAAAGUACAACAGCAACUUUGGCGAGACUUACGAGGGCGACAAGCACUUUAAAACACCUUCACAGAUUCAACAGCGGACACGCAUGUUUCUUAUUGCAGAAGCCUUUUCUCACUUCACUCUUGCCGAGAGCGGCGGCUCCAUGUUGUUGUGUGACCUUCAGGGCGUCAAUGAUCUCUUCACGGACCCACAAAUCCAUACCGAAGACGGCAAAGGGCUGGGUCUGGGCAACAUGGGGCACGAGGGCAUCGAAAAGUAUGUAUUGCGGCAUGAAUGCAAUGAAUUUUGUCGGGCUCUUGCACUGAAGCCGCUGGAUGGGAUUCGUCCACCGAAUGGCAAGGAGUCACGGACGAACAACUUCUACGUGCGUCUGAGGGCUCAACUGCAACAGGACAUGGUGCCCCUCUCCAAACCCAUUGGGGAGAUGACAGAAGAGGAACAGAUUGCCCACGCCAUCAGGCUAUCGCAGAUUUCCCACUAG